CUUCGACAGUUCAACUUUAUAAACCUAGACUGUGAAACCAAGACUGAAAAUGUCCCCUGUGUUUUAAUUAGAGGUUUUAGUAAUUCUACAGCUAAAAGUAUACGUUUUGUAUUGAUUUUUUUAGGUAUAAAAUGUUUGACUUGUAUCUGACUACAUUUUGAUUAAAUGAUUUAGUGUUGUCUGACAAACAGGUAGCCAAGUAAAGAAUAUUUAAAGAAAAAAUUAAAUAACAAAACAUAUUUGAGGAGUGAAUCAUGAAAUUAUCAUUAGUAUAUAAUCAUCAUUAUGAAUCAUCGGUAUAAAAUUGAAACUAAAAUUCUGGUUUAGGGUGGAAUUUCUCCGGAUGGGAAGGAGGAUUGGUCACCUGACCAGACUACAACCAGCUGAGUAAACAUGGCGUCUGUCUUUGGACGUGAAAAUUACAUGUAGCGCUUCUGUCUGUCUACGGCGUUUCUGUCGCAUCAGUAUCCCGCAUUUUUGACCAGAACGCACAAAGGUAAUGGAUACGACGCACGAAGACAGGAAGAGAAGGAGAGAAGCGCUUCAUUGAUGCUGCUUUUUAUUUCUUCUCUCUGCACAUCAUGAAUGGUCUGAUGCCUCCCGGACCCUGUGAUUGAAACAAGAUAAUUGCUUUUGUUAACAGACACACUGAUUUAUAUUUCUGUCGAGGCGGAUGUUUUUAUUUUAUCUGAUUCAUAUCCAGGCUCUUUUUCUGUGGACUGGCUCCUGUAGUGUCACGACUGUAUUUUGGGCCCACUCUUCUCUGGGACCUCUUGUCAUAGAUCAUAUAAUGAUGAUAUAUUGAUUUUUUUUGUGGACCCUCUCCAUCUCUGGGCCACAGCUGUUCUAUCCCAACUAACAAUUAUGCAACAGAACAGACAAUCUCAAUGUUCUUCAUGGGGCUGCCCUCCACUGCUGUGCUCUGACAGUUGGUUUAUGGCUUAUUAGUUGUGCUGCACUGUGUGUUGUCUUUCUGAUGCCUUGCUCAACAACACCACUAUGAUAGGCUCACCUGACGUGGUGGCUUUCACCAGAGAGGAUGAGUAUGGUGAGACAAAUCCUGAUCCCUGGGUGCUCCCCAAGGAGUUCUCUGUUCCUCUCCACCCGCUGGGUGACUUCAACCCCUGGGCGAAAACCUCCUAUGCCAAGUUCACCAAAGACUUCAUCCUCAUCUCUGAGUUCUCUGAGCAGGUGGGCCCUCAGCCGCUGCUCACUAUCCCUGAUGACCCCAAAGUCUGUGGGACAUUUGAUCUCAAUUACUUUGCCCUGCGCAUCAUGUCAGUGGACUAUCAGGCCUCCUUUGUUGGGCAUCCACCUGGCACCGGCUACCCUAGGCUCAGCUUUGUGGAGGACUCAAGGGUGGUGCUGGGUGACUCAAAGGAGGGGGCUUUCGCCUAUGUCCAUCAUCUUACGCUGUACGACCUGGAGGCGAGGGGCUUUGUGCGACCGUUUUGUAUGGCGUAUGUGUCAGCAGAUGAGAGGAAAAUCAUGCUGCAGUUUCAGGAGCUGUCCCUCCGCUUCUCGCAGGCCUCUGAGUGUCUGAAGGCUGGGAACAGGAGAGCCUUUGCCAAGGAACUCCAGAGGAAGCUCCGAGAUCUGGACUACACUCGCUCUGUGCUGCAGAGGGAGGAAGGCCUGCAGAGAGAGGCAGGGCCUCAGUGCAUGUACUCCGCUCAUGCUGUGGAAAAGGCCAAUGAGCUUGCAAAUGUUGAAAAGAGCAUCUAUGAACACAGAGACCUGCUGAGACAGAUCAGCUGCUAUCACCUCCGUCCCCGCCGAGAUCCUCAUGCUGUUACCUGCCAGAAGUGUAUCACUGAGUGCUUGAGUGAAUGUGAGGAGCUGUUAAACAAAUACGCCAAGCUUGCCAACCCCUUCAGUUACAGUGACAAAGGGGAGAAGGGGGAGGAAGGGCAGGGUCGGACUGACAACGAAGGAGGAGAAGAAGAAGUGGUUGAGGAGGAAGAUGAGGGUAUUAAACGCAGGCCGUCCUACACACCACAGUUGAUCAAAGCUAAGUCUGCAAAGUGUUUUGACAAACGGCUGAAGACCCUGCGAGAGCUGUGUGACAACACUUUCUACGAGGCCACCGUGGAGCUCCUGAGGGAGACGGAGAGGAGUUUCCGGGGGGACCUGAGCUACUUGUAUACACUCCGCCUAGAAAGGGCUCUGCGCAAGAAACAGAGAGUUACCAACUUCUUGUUUGAGGAGGACCUUGGUGAUGAUGAUGAGGAAGAAGAGGGGGCACCAAAACCAUUCUGUGCCGUGAACCAUGCUGUAGGUAACUGUGCACGUUUACAUCCUCCUCCAAUUGUGCUAGGUCCAGAACCUCUGGAGCAAGGUGCUCUGGAGCCUCCAGAUUGUCGAGACCCAGCCUCUGAGAUCAGUAAUGCUCAAGAGUUGUGUGAACUUGAGCUUUUGGAGAGUCAGUUGGAGUCUUCCCCCUCAGAUCAGACUCUGGAGACUCAGGAGAGCUCAGAGGAAACCAAAGGAAGCUUUAGUAGUGAUAAGAGUGAGACAGGUCAAACAGAAAGACAACAGAAUCUGCCUAGUAUCAAGUCAGGAGCUCCAGAUCCUGAUUUUGACCUGACCCCUGACCACAACACUGACCUGGAGAGGGAGAGCAGUAGUGAAGAGAUCGAGACCACUGCUGGGGAGGAAGAGGGUGACCAGACACCGGUGUCUCUACUGGAAGUGUUGUCUGAGCUGGAGGCCAGCAAAGAGGAUGAGGGUGAAUUAGCAGCUGAUGGGGCUUGUGAGAUGGAGUCUAAUUUGCUGGUUCCAAUUGACACAGCAUGUUGUAUGGGCCAAGAGGGUUUUCUUUAUGAGGCUUCUGCCCCCGAGACUGUGCCUCGCCUUGACCAAAGCUCCCACCUGAAGCCCUGUCAAACCUUGGUGGUCAACCAGGAACCCCAGGCCCUACUUCCACUCCCGGAAGACUAUGUGGUGGGUUCUCCAUGCUCAGAAAGCCCCGCAGCUGGUCUCGAGCUGCCUUUGGGGCUCCUUGGAGAUGGAAUUUCCCAUACAUCAGUGGAGGAUGUGUCAGACUGUACCAUGAGUGCUUCUACAGGAUCUGAUCGGGCUGCCUCACCUCUUGGCUAUGGUAGAGUGGUGACCUUGCGUCAGAGGAAGAAGGCUGGACAAGCAGCCUUGAGGUUUGUACGACAGUACCCAUUUGCCAUGCAAGCUCUGUGGUGUCUUCUGAGUGGCAGAACCCUGGUGGUGCUUGGGGCAGAUGAGGGGAGAGUCCGUAGACUAGUUGCUGCUCUGGCACUCUUUGUGCCUGGUCCUGGGAAGUGCGGAGAGAGAGUUCAAGCAUGGCUGUCCUGCCCCUUCACCCUUACAGACCUGCAGAGGUGGAAACUCAUUGGAUUGCAAAGAGUAGCGUCCCCGGUGGGUUCCAGCAUGCUUUACUCACUGUCCCGCUACAGUCGCUACAUCUCCAUCUUGGAUACUGACCAGAAGACUUUGCGCUGUCCACCAUAUCGGGGCCAACUCCUUGCCAACAUAGCUGACCAUCGCACCUACAUCCGCCGUGGUUCUACCUACUUCCUUCACUUACAAAGCAUGCUCUGUCGCCUGGUAGCCAAGGCCUUUCUGUUUACCUUCACCCACCACCUCCACCUGCCCGUCUGCUCCACUGAGGGGCCAGAGGUUGUGGAAGGCCGACGCCGCUGCUUCCUGCAGGAGCAGCUGGGGCUGAGUGAGGAGGACAGCGGGAUACUGCUCUACCUCAGUCAGCUCAUCACUCAGCAGUACCUGCAGCCCGCCACUGGGAGCAGUGUAGCAGCAACUUGUUUUAGUUUUAACUACACCACCAGCGUUUUUUACAAAAUCUAAUAUACCGGGAGGAGGAUUCCUACACAUGUUUUAGCAGAGAUCAUCUUUGACACUUUGGUUUUUGUACCAAAGGUCUUUUAGUUUCAGGACGAACUCUGAACUGGUUAUUGUUUAAUCUCUUUCUGCCUUGCUGUUAUUUUCUCUGGAUUUGCUCUUUCCUCUUUGUGCAGGAAAAAGGAGACAGAAUGAGCCGUGAAUGUCAGUGGGUGUUUACUUGCAUGUGUUAGGUCUAGAGUGUGUUGACACUCAGAAACACACAUAACAGAGCAGAUGAAGGUCAGUUCUACUUAUUGUCUUUUGAGUCAUUUGUGUGUUUUUCACUUUCAAUGGGGAAAAAAAUGUUGGUUUGUUGAAGGUGAGCCCCCGUCCCCUCCUCAACACACACACAUGCAUUAAGCAUGUCAUGUUCUAAAACUCUGUGCAACAUGGCUGUCUGUUUGUCUUCAGUGCUGAUCUGACCUCAUCCAGUUUUCUAACAAGCUCGAUCACAGCUCAGUGUUAACGCCCACCGAUUGCUGAGCAGUUUGUCAGCUAUGAUAUCAUCUCAGUUAUACGUAAACAAGUUUUUCAGAUUUACAAUAACAAACUAUGCUGAUAUUUUCUGCCUGUGGUGAACAGACUUCCCUCCGAUUCUGUCCACAAAACCCUUUUGGCACCAUGCAGGCUUGUUACAGCUGGAUUUGUGAUACGCCACUCUUCUUGAAAACUACCACACAACCUCCAAAAGCCAAAACCUUUCUGAAGGUUUCCUUUUGAUAUUUCUUUUUCCUCUUUCAGUUUUCUCUUUCAUGAAUCAAUUUUGACACACAUUCCUGCAGUAACUGAUGAAUCUCAGUUCUGUUCUAAAUAGAGACGAUGUUGAAUUUUAACUGAGUAGAUUUGACCUUUGAGAGCAUGGAGUGAUCAUUCCCAGAGGCUGUUUUCAGUUUGUGAUGCAUGAGGAAGUGUAUCUGAUGUGUGAAUUAGACUCAGUCAGCUCCACAUGAUAUUGCAUGUCUGAGAAAUAAUGUCAUCUCGACACACUCACCCAUGUGGGGCCAGCAGCCGCAAAAACCUGUCAAUAUUGUUCGCUGGCAAACAUUUUCAUGGAUAUUACUCACUCAAUCAGGAACAUUUUUAAAGCUAUUUAACCUAAAUGUAUUGAAUUUCCCAGUUGUCUUACAGUUGUGUGAGAGUGCUGUGAUGUUAGCAUGAGACUGUCUUGUGCCAGGGUGAAUCAUUGUGUUGAUAGUGUUUCAGAUUCGGUAUAUUUGGAUGAACUGACUGAACAGUUUGCCGAGAUGUUGCUGAGACGGUGAUGUUGUGUUUGUGUAGAUUAGAUUUUAUGAUUGGAAUACCUGAUUUCCUGUGCCAUCAAAAGCAAAACUUGCUUUGCUGUGAACAAAACACAACAGUUCUCUCUUUAUUGCUUAAGGACAAAAUUUGGAUCAUGAUCAUCACGCCAAGUGCACCCAGAUUUCCUCUGGGAUGUUGGAGAACUUCACAAGUGCAGUCUUUAUGUUUUAAGUUCUGUCACAUUGGCCAGUGAGGCAAAACCCAAGAAGCACUUUUGAGAGUAUUUUAGGUUUUACUGUUUUUAAUUCUUUGGCACCAGUGAUGGAGCUGCACUUCUGUAUCUAGGAUGGUAACUGUACUUGUGACUGCAUGAUCAUGGUUUAAUGUGAAGGGUCAAACAAUGUGAAUCAUUUCUGCUGUCCUUCCUGCUGCGAACAACAAUUUAAGGUAUAUGCUUUUUAACUAUGAGCAGCAACCUCACCUGUCAAUUCCACCUAUUGUUUUAUUUUAGUUUAGUGCAAUUUGGACUUUGAGUCUUUUUUUUUCCACGUUAUCUUUUUAUUUUUUUACUGCUUCUUUUACUGCUUGAAAAACAGAUGUUCAGAUGUAACAGCUCUUUUUAUUUAGGUGUUGAUCUUCUAAUGCAAAAAGGUGAAUGUAAUCUGAAUAAGCCAUACCACAGUGUUCUUAACAUGUUGUCACUCAGUGUCCUUAUGUUGCCAUGUCAUGUCUACCUUUUGUAUCUUAUCAUGAGGAGGAUUAGUGCUUACUCCUGCCCUGUAUGACCAGUGAUUUUAAUGAAGCACGUUGUGAAUGUCUUGAUGCUUUCCUGUAAUGCUGAUUAUAUUCAUUUAUUCCAUUAAAUUAUUUGAAUCCA